AUGAGCACCAUCUCUGCCAACUCCUCCGCUCACGCCCCAGUCAGCAUGUUCCGCUCCGUCUCGACAGAGUCCUCCGGCUCAACCAUCGCCGUCAAUCCCUCGACCGCUCGUCUCCAGAGACUCCCCACUCCUCCCCGCAGCCCUGGAUUGGCCCCCCUCGGACGCCAGCUGACCCUGAUCGAGCCCCCCAUGACCAAGGGCAUCCGCUUCUUGAUCCUCGAUUGCCCCACCGACUCGACUUUGCCCUUUUACAUGCAGGAGUUGAAGCGCAACAAUGUCACCGACGUUGUCCGCUGCUGCGAGCCCACCUACAGGGCAGAGACCCUCCGGGCUGAGGGCAUCACUGUUCACGACUGGCCCUUCCGUGAUGGAGCAGUGCCUCCUGUCAACAUUAUCAAGAACUGGUUGCAGCUCGUGGAUACCCGCAUUGUCAGACGCCGUAGUGGAUCGCCCUCGGCGAGCGAGGAGGAGGAGGACACCCCCACCGCUCCCACCAUUGCUGUCCACUGCGUCGCUGGCUUGGGCCGUGCUCCCAUUUUGGUUGCGAUUGCGAUGAUUGAGCUCGGCAUGGCCAACCUGGACACUGUCGAGUUUAUCCGUCGCCGCCGCCGUGGAUGCUUCAACAGCAACCAGAUCCAGUACAUUGACGGCUACAAGCGUGGCAAGAUCCUGAAGAACUCGCUUGGUAGCGGAUCAAGCGCUGCUUCGGGCGCCUCGUCUGGUGGUGCAGCCAGCGGAUUGAAGAACGGACUGAGCAAGAUGUUCCGGCUCAAGGCUUGA